AAGACUACCUCAAAACGGAAGAGAACAACUGAACCAUCUCUGGAACCAUACGAAGCGACAACAGACGCCAUAACUAGUUUGCCUCUGCAAUAGUUCAUAUGUUUAAUACUUUAAUACAGACCAUCGUAAAUAAAUUCUUCAGACUAUGGAGCUGGGCGCCCGACGGUUUUCCUUAGACCCCUUUCUGCUUCAACAGGACACCUUCCAGGAGAUAAUAUUUUCAAGAUCAAGCACUGCUAUUAUGCUUACUGAGUUACUGAAGGAAUGACUUAGAGUAUGAGUGACUGUAAAUUCAAAGCAUUAUGAGAUGUCAAAAUUUACGUGGAGAAUCGAAAAUUUCUCAAAAUUGCUUGUCAAGAAGCUUUACUCUGUGACAUUUGUCAUAGAUCAGUACAAAUGGAGGCUAUGUCUUGAUCCAAAAGGAUCAUCAAAACUGAUGUAUAUGUACCUUGAAAUAGCCGACUCGUCAAGCUUACCUAAUGGUUGGAGUAUACCAGCAAUGUACAACUUAGCUCUUAUUAACCAGAUAGACUUAAACAAAACCAUCAUUGAAGAGUGCGAAGAUGAAUUCAACAUUCAAGAUAAUAGUUGGGGACUCUCAUUAAUCUCGCUCAGUAAACUUCUCAAUAAAAGUGAAGGUUUUCUUGUUGACGACACAUGCUUGGUUGAAGUUGAAGUAUCUGUGGUGAUGGAUGCUACUACUCCAGCUUGCAAUGAUAGUGGAAGUCCGGUGUACAUUGGCGUCCCCGCAAGGCGAGGUUCCAGGGAAGCGUCCCACCACAAGGAGACUUGUUUGAAAGUGACUACUAAAAAGCUUUAUAUUCUUCCGUUUCUCUCGAUGAUCCUAUUGAACAUGUGCACGUUGAGACUCAGUCAUUUCUCGAAUCCCUACCCAAGGAACCAUCCAGCAGCUGCUCGGUAUCUAAAUCUCCAACAUGUGAAAUGUCUUUGCUAAAAGGUCAUGCAUCUUCUGUAAAGGAAGCACUUCACAUGCUGAUAUCAUACCCUUUUGAUGCAUUAGCCGAUCCCAUGAAUGAAACUGCAAUUCUGGAGUCUUUGUCUGAACUAAACGACCACCUUUAUUUGUUUAGUGAUGCACGGGCCAAAGAAAUUAUGAACUUGAAAGUUACUUUUCCUCAGAUAACGCAGGAAUGGAGAGAUUCAGUUCAAGUUCAGGGAAGAAGUGAGCAUCCCUGGUCUAGUUUCGAGAAGACCCGAAAUCUGCUUGAAGACUUGGUGAAAAGGUGGGACGAAAUAAAUGCUCAACUGGAGGAGCUAACCAAGAAAGAAAUGGAUUUGGGAGCUCAGUUGGAAGUCAUUGGAAGCAGUAUUCGACAACUGAUGGAGGAACGUGAAGAAUUAUCACAUCAGACGAAGGCAGUUUGUUCACUUGCGGAGGAGCAGGCUAACAACAUUAAAGCAGAAAAGGUGAAGUUGGUGCUAGAAAUUAAACUUGGCUUAGCCCAAUAAUUGGGUCCAUUAGAUGUUAACUUAUUGGGCUAGAAGUUGUAUGAUAAUUAAUAAAUUAGCUAGCCCAUAAGAUAGACUUAGAAAGAUCUAGAGUAGUUAAUGUACCUAAACAAUUCUAGAUUAUUCCUAAGCUAGAAUCCUAUAGAAUAUUCUAGAAGGUUAAGGAAGUAGGAGUGCCUAGAAGGAUCCUAUGAGACCUAUAAAUAGAGCACUCCUCACUCAUUUGUAAAGCAAGCCAAAAGCUCCAAAUCAAUACAAGUUCC